UUUUGAUCCAAAUCGCCGAAAUUUCUUUUUUUUUCUUCUUCAAUUUCUUGGCCAUGGCGGAUGAAUCUCAAAAAAGGGUUUUGAUGGUAACAGCACAAACACCCACUAACAUUGCUGUUAUAUAAUAUUGGGGAAAAAGAGAUGAAAACCUAAUUCUUGCAAUUAAUGAUAGUAUUAGUGUAACUCUUGAUCCUGCACAUCUUUGUACUACUACUACUGUUGCUGUUAGUCCUGCUUUUAAUCAAGAUCGAAUGUGGCUUAAUGGCAAGGAAAUAUCCCUCUCUGGAGGCAGAUACCAGAACUGUCUCAGGGAAAUUCGAGCUCGUGCUAAUGAUGUUGAGGAUGAGAAGAAGGGUAUCAAGAUCGCAAAAAAGGAUUGGGAGAAUCUGCACGUGCAUGUUGCCUCUUAUAAUAAUUUUCCUACUGCUGCGGGAUUGGCUUCCUCAGCUGCUGGUUUUGCCUGCCUAGUUUAUUCUCUUGCGAAGUUAAUGAAUGUGCAAGAGGACAACGGGAGGCUUUCUGCAAUAGCAAGGCAAGGUUCAGGAAGUGCAUGUCGAAGCUUAUGUGGAGGAUUUGUCAAGUGGGUAAUGGGAAAAGAGGAAAAUGGAAGCGAUAGCAUUGCUGUUCCACUUGUUGAUGAGAAACACUGGGAUGAGCUUGUUAUCAUCAUUGCUGUGGUGUGCUCACGGCAGAAGGAAACAAGUAGCACCUCCGGAAUGCGUGAGACUGUUGAAACCAGUGCACUUAUAGAACACAGGGCAAAGGAAGUAGUGCCAAAGCGAAUUAUUCAGAUGGAAGAAGCCAUACAAAAACGUGAUUUUGCAACUUUCACUCAUUUGACUUGUGCAGACAGCAAUCAGUUUCAUGCAGUCUGCCUGGAUACUAGCCCUCCUAUAUUCUACAUGAACGACACAUCUCAUAGGAUAAUCAGCUGUGUUGAGAAAUGGAACCGUUCAGAAGGAACUCCACAGGUUGCAUACACUUUCGACGCAGGGCCAAAUGCUGUCCUAAUUGCACGUAACAGAACAUCCGCUGCACUUCUGCUUCAGAGGCUGCUUUUCCACUUCCCUCCAAAUUCAGAAACUGAUCUAAACAGCUACGUCAUCGGUGAUAAAUCAUUAAUGGAGGAUAUUGGAAUUCAGGAUAUAAAGGACAUUGAAGCGUUGCCUCCGCCUCCAGAAAUCAAAGACAAGGUUCCAGCUCAGAAAUACAAAGGCGAAAUUAGUUACUUCAUCUGCACACGACCUGGUAGAGGUCCGGUUUUGAUAAGUGAUGACAGCCAAGCUCUCCUCCACCCUGAUACUGGGUUGCCCAAGUAAGCGGCGGCCUUUUGUUUACAUAGUCUCGAGUUCUAAGUAUUACAGCCCUUGAGAAAAAAAGAUUGGAGGCUGCCAUUUUCAAAAUGGUUAUAGUUCAGAUGAA